GUUAAUCAGGUUUUUUGGGGAAAAUUCAAUUCCUUAGUCGUCGAUCAACCAUUUGACCUUUCUCCAUCGCCAAAAAUUGAGUUCCAUCUCUCCUCAUUUUCUGGUCUCCAUCACCUUCUUCCUGUUGUUCCUUCUUCAGUUCCUCUGUUAUUUCCUAAUUUCUACUGAUUUUUUUUUUCACAUUCGAAGCAUUUCGAUUUGUGGGUGCAAUCGAAUUGGGUUUUUGAUCAUCGGGUACAACCCACCAAAUAUCUUUCAAAUAAUCGAAGUACCUAAUCUUUGUGGAUUCCGUUUCGAGUUUGGUGGAGGCGAGGCAGUUACAAUGGCAACUUCGAAAUCUCUGCACUAACAUAUUACUGGAGGGAGUAUUUAAAGAGCUCAAAUGACGAUAUUUUUUAAGCCAUCAAAAAGCCGAUCAUCAUUGUUGCUUCUGAUUAUUCAAAAGAGUUUCGAGUUAGAAGAGAUGACAUUGAUGAAACUUUAUUCUCUUGUAAAUUGAUUAAGUGUUACGCAUGUGAUAAGGUGGAUUUAGGUUUGCCUGGAGAUGAAGAACAACAAGACCUUAAAUUGGGUAACCCUCAAAUUAACAGUUACGAUUAUGGAGUCAUGGAAGCUUUGAUCGUUGAAAUCGAAGAAUAAUUCUUGAUUUGUGGUGAGGCUGUGAGGAUUAAAGAGAUUGUCGACAACAAUAAAGAUGAGACCACCAAUGCAGCUAUUACACGUCAACUUUUGAAUAUGUAGUAUAAGCAACUGUAGUUUAGAGGUGUUUUCGCACGAAUAGAUCGUGCGAUUAGUUCCCAUCUUUGCCAUCAAGAUCCUCCUCCAUGUGAAGUGACACUGACACAUCCACUCAACCAAAAAAUGAAACAACCGGACAGGUGAUAUCCGGCCAUGAACUACUUCAUACCACUGAGGAGGCCUUUUGCUCAUCUACAUAAUCAGCGUGUGAGAUCGCACUAUUCCGCUAAGCCUCGGUUUCGAUGGAGGUUUUCGAAGUUGAUCAGCCGGAACAUUUACUGUUAGUGAACGAAGACGAGCAUGGUAGGUUUAGUGGAUCAGAUGCCAAAAUCGAAGUGAAGAAUUUGUGGAGAUUUUCAGAUAAAGGAGUUUCCAUCCUUCAGAACGUAAGUCUGGACAUACCUAGUGGCAAAAUCAUCGGAAUCAUAGGCCCGAGUGGUAGCGGUAAGUCUACGCUAUUAAGAGCACUCAACCGUCUAUGGGAACCAGCUUCCGGUACGGUGUUCCUUGACGGAAAAGAUAUCACCGGCCUUGAUGUUCUUCAGCUGCGGCGAAAAGUCGGUAUGCUGUUUCAGCUUCCUGUUUUGUUCGAAGGGACAGUUGCAGACAACAUAAGAUAUGGGCCACAGCUGAAAGGAAAGAAACUAAGCGAUCAAGAAGUGUACAAGUUGCUGACUUUUGCUGAUCUUGACUCCUCUUUCUUCAAUAAACAUGGCAACGAGCUAUCUGUUGGUCAAGCUCAAAGAGUUGCACUUGCUAGAACAUUAGCCAAUGAGCCAGAGGUUCUGUUAUUGGAUGAGCCAACAAGUGCUUUGGAUCCAAUAUCGACACAGAACAUAGAAGAUUUGAUGAUGAAGUUGAAGAGUAGUAAAGGGAUGACGAUUGUUAUGGUUUCCCACAGCAUUAAACAAAUUCAAAGGAUUGCAGACGUGGUUUGUGUGCUUGUAGGUGGUGAAAUUGUUGAAGUUGUGAAUUCAGACAAACUCUCAGAAGCUAAGCAUCCUAUGGCAACAAGAUUUCUUCAACUCGGUUCUUGAUUUCUAUCAGAGUUCAACAAUUGAAUCCCCCUAAUAGUGUUUAUCAGAACACUCGGUAUGUGCAUAAUGAUUAAUAUAAAUGUUUGUUUUUUUUUUUUUUUUUUUUUUUUAUCAAUACAGAGCAAAUAGUGCGGGUUAAUUUAUGCACAAAUUGGUUGAACAAAGUGAAAUGAAGUUUU